AUGACCAAGGCCAGAGUAGAUGAUUUGACUGUUGCGAACCCUGGAAUAUCUGGAGAGCCAAAAGUCUCCGUCUCUGAAAAUGUCAAUAUUUCCGGUCUUAGGCAGGUAUGCGAAAAGGGAACAUCAUUUGCCCGGAGACUGAUCUGGCUAUUGUUGCUUUUGGCCGGAACGUCUUUCUUGGUCUAUCAGGUGUACAGGACCGUUAACUACUUUCUAUCCGGACCCACCAUACAGACAACGUCCACUGUCUACCCCUCUGAUGUGCCAUUCCCAGCGGUGACAAUCUGUAACCAAAACACAAUCAGGAAUGCUAGUCGGCUGGAGGACGUUGACUUGAGCCAAAUGUUUGGAGGUAGAACAGAUUUCACAUUAGAAACAUUCUACAAGCAAAGCGGUCACACCAUAGAAAGCAUGAUCAAACGCUGUGUGUUCAACGGAGUGCCGUGCCGACGUGAAUGGUUCACAGCUCAACUCACAGACGCCGGUCACUGCUACACGUUCAAUGGCGCAAACAAAGACGGCGGCCUGCGGACGGCUUUACGUGGUAAGAAUGGCGGACUUACCUUAGAGUUGAACGUGGAGCAAUACGAGUACUCAUACAGUCGAACAAACACCGCGGGUGUGUAUCUUCUAAUCCAUGACCAAUCAGAAAUACCCAACCUCGUUCUGAAUAGAGCCCUAGCCGUCACUUCCGGCUAUCACACCUCUAUCUCUCUCGGUCUCCUCAACCCCGUCAGGAAGAUAAAUGUGAUGUGUUCAAGACUGUGUCUUGUGUCUUCCCAGAAGCAGACAGUUUUCCGACUAAGGCCAUCUACUCGACUUAUUGCCAAUGUAAAACGCCGUGCCAAAUCAUCAGUUAUUUGA